CAUAAGCGAACAAGUAAAAAGAGAACAUCUCUGAACUGAAACACAUCCUAAAACCCGAACUGUUACGAUGAUGGCAACUGAAACCCUAGAUACUCCGACCAAUGGCCCCACAUCCAACGGCACCGGUGAAACAAACCCGCCGGAAGACUGCGCAACUGUCUCUCAUUCUUCUCCAGAUGCAAAACCAGUAGAAGAUGUGGAACAAGGAGAAAAGCGUAAGAAAACCGAAUCCGAAACCGUUGAGAAAACCACUUCAAUUCACCCUCUAUCGAAGACGAGUCUCUGUUCUUAUUUCAGGCGGACAGGCGGUGAGUGUAGCCACGGAGAAACGUGCCGGUAUGCUCAUGGGGAGGAAGAGCUCCGGCCACGACCUGAUAAUACAUGGGACCCUACUUCCGAGAGGGCGAAGAAGUUGAAGUUAGAGAAUGAAGAUAGAGACAAAGCGGACGAAAGAGAUGACGAAGUUAUGAUGACGGAAACGAUAUCAGAAGAUGGAUGCUCUGAGUCUGCGCUUGAUAAGUGUUUAGUGAAUCUUCCGAUGAAGUGGAGUUCGGAUAAUUUACGGAACUUUCUCAACGAGCAGGGAAUCGAGUAUAAAUCAGCUAAGACAAAGAAAGGAAUGAUUGUAGGAUUUGUUACCUUUGAAACCACAGAGCAAGUGAAAACUGGAAUCGAGAAGCUGCAGGGGAAGCCAUUUGGGAAUAGAACUUUAAAGAUAGCAGAUGUCAUCCCAAGAUCUUUUGACAGAAACGUGAAACCAAAAAUGGUUUCAGACAAUUCAGCUACAUCAGAACCUGCAAACGAGGUUGAAGAUGGAGAUUCGGUUAAUGACAGUUCUACCCCUGGAAGCUCUGUAUUGAAGGGUAGAAGUGCCAGGGAAGUUGUGACUCCACUUGCCCAUUUGUCUUACAAAGAUCAACUGGAACACAAGAAGACUUCUCUUGCACAGACUAUGAAAAAACUUACUCGAAAUGCACGUAAAGCUUGUCCAAAUGGUGUUUCACUUCCAGAUUGGAUUCUUAAUUCCAGGGAAAUUGGUGGUCUUCCAUGCAAACUAGAGGGGAUAAUUGAAUCACCACUUGUAAAUGGAUACAGAAACAAAUGUGAAUUUUCAGUUGGAUAUUCUUUACAAGGAAAACCUACAGUGGGAUUUUCUUUAGGAAACUUCAGGGAAGGUGUGACAGCAGUUGAAGAACCUCUAGAUUGUCCAAAUGUUUCUAGAAUCGGUUGUAAGUAUGCUGAAAUCUUCCAGAAGUUUCUAGAAAGUUCAACUUUCCCUAUUUGGAAUAGGAUGAAUAAUACUGGAUUUUGGCGCCAACUAACAGUCAGAGAAGGAAGGACACCUGGCAAGAUUGCUGAGGUGGAAUCUGGUGAAUCAAAUGUUUCAGAAGUCUUGGUUAUGGUUCAGAUUUGCUCAAAGGGUAUUGAUGAUGAAGCUAUAAAUGUUGAACUUGAGAAAAUGGCUGAAGCUUUUGUAAUUGGAGCUUCUACAAAUUCUCCCUCUUUGCCUCUUACUGUGUUGGUUGUUCAGGAUCAUCAAGGAAUAUCCAAUGUGGCACCAGCUGAUGCUCCAUUGCGCCACCUGUCACUUACCAAGGGUGAAAGUAGAUUAAUGGAGGAUUCUGAAAUUGUUGCAGAAGCUAGAAUUCAAGAUUAUAUAAAUAAUCUUCGGUUUUUUAUAUCCCCUACAGCUUUUUUCCAAGUGAACACCCUUGCAGCUGAAAAACUCUACUCCCUUGCUGGAGAUUGGGCCAAUUUAGGGCCCAAUACCUUACUUUUUGAUGUAUGUUGUGGGACCGGAACCAUUGGGCUUACCCUAGCCCACCGUGUGGGAAUGGUGGUUGGAAUUGAAAUGAAUGCUUCUGCAGUAGCUGAUGCAAAUCGGAAUGCUGAAAUCAAUGGAAUCAAAAACUGCAGAUUUGUCUGUUCAAAAGCGGAAGAUGUUAUGGGGUCGCUAUUAAAAGAGUACUUAACAAAAAAACUAGACUCUGGAAUCAGUGAUUCCAAUGUUGGUAUCAAGGAAGAUGAGAAAAAGGAUAUCAAAGAAGUUAAAAAGGAAGAAGAAAAUAAUUCUGUUAAUGAAAACAAUAAUAAUAAUAAUAAUAAUAAUGAGAAAAAGAUGGAAUAUUUUGAAAAUGUGGUGGCUAUUGUGGAUCCUCCACGUGUUGGACUUCAUCCCACUGUAAUCAAGGCUCUUAGGACUCAUUCACGUUUAAAAAGGCUUGUUUACAUUUCGUGUAAUCCUGAAAGUUUAAUGGCAAAUGCAAUUGAGCUUUGUACUCCUUCUGAUGAUAGUAAUGAGAAAGGGAAUAAGAACAAUAGAGGAUGGAGAAAUAUGAGUAGUGCUGGUUUGGCUAGACAUAGAGCCAAAUCUAUGCCUACUUCUGAACCCUUUAAGCCGGUCAAAGCCAUGGCUGUUGACCUUUUCCCACAUACCCCACAUUGUGAACUUGUCAUGCUUCUUGAAAGGUAAAUUUUGUAUUCAUUUGUUUUUCAUGAAAACGUUUUUGUAUUGGUUGAGGAUCUUAAAAGGAGGAUAUGGUUGUCGCGUUUUGCGAGAGAGUAGUGAAAGAUGUCUAACUUUUUGGAUU